AUGUUCCACAAUUAUCUGGUUGCUCACCCGCGGGUGCCCCCAGGCUCGCCGACCCCAACACUGGCCCCGGGCGCCGACCCUGCCUGUCCCCCCCACUCCCGCUAUGUGCCCUGUGGCCCAGCCUGCCCAGCCACGUGCGCCGACCCAGCCGCCCCGGCUCGCUGUGGCCAGCCCUGUGCCCCCUCGUGCCAGUGCGUGCCGGGCCGACUGCUCCUGGCCGGACGCUGCGUGCCCCGCGAGCAGUGUGGCUGCCUCCGGAGGCCGGGCAGGGCCUUCUGGGCAGAGGGCUGUGCCCGGCGCUGUCGCUGCCCCCCCGCCGGGCACCCUGGGAGUGCGGGCCCCCAGUGCUGGCCCGCCCGGUGCCAGGGCCGCUGCGAAGAGGCCUCCGGGGGGGGACACCGCUGCCGGCCGACCCAUCUGGGCGCCGGGCCCCGGCGCGUCACCUGCACCGCAUCCGGCAACUUCCGCUUCCACACCUUUGGGGGAGCCCGAUACAGCUUCCCGGGUUCUUGCGUGUACCGGCUGGCCGGCCCCUGCGGUGCGAGGGCGAACGGCGGCCCCUUCUACUUGGACAUGGUCACCCAGAUCCAGCCUCUUGGUUCCUCCAAGGCCCUGACCCUGCGGGCCUGUGGCCUCCGGCUGGACAUGAGCCCGGGAGACCCCGGCCUUCUCCGGGUAGACGGGGUCCUUGAGUCCCUGCCCUUCUUCCGCGGACGCUGUCUCCGGGCCUAUUCCUGCGGGGGCCAGCUGUGCCUGGACACGGCCUCGGGCCUGUCUCUCACCUACGACUGGGACAGUCUGGUCCGGCUCUCGGUCCCCCGGGCCCUGGCUGGGAGCCUGUGCGGACUCUGUGGGGCUGUGGCCGGAGGAACACCCACCUCGCACCUCUCGGGCCUGGCCCACUCCUGGAAGGUGGCCGAGGUCCCCGGCUGCGGCCCGUCCUGCGGGCCGCGCUGCCCGCCGGCCUGCCCGGCCGCCCGGCGUGGCCGCUACCGAGGGCUGGGCUACUGCGGACUGCUGGGGGCCUCGGCCGGGCCCCUGGGCCCCUGCCACCGGACCCUGGAUCCCGCGCCUUUCACGGAGGACUGCGUGGAGGAGGUGUGUCAGCACCGAGGCUGCCGCCGGGCUCUCUGCCGAGCGCUGGCGGCCUACGUGGCGGCCUGUCAGGCUCGGGGGGUCCAGCUCAGGCCCUGGAGGACGCCCGGUUUGUGCCCCCUUCGGUGCCCGGCCCAUUCCCAUUACGAGCUCUGUGGACCACACUGCCCGGUGACAUGCGGGGCCCCGACGGGGCCCGAGGGCUGCAAGGCGGGCAGCGGGUGCCGCGAGGGCUGCGUGUGCGACGCGGGCUUCGUGCUGAGCGGGGCGGCCUGUGUGCCCAGGGGCCGCUGCGGCUGCCUCCGCGCGGGCCGCUACCGGGCGCUGGGGGCCACGUGGUACCCGGGCCCCGGCUGCGAGAGGCGGUGCCGCUGCGGGCCGGGGGGGGCCGUGUCCUGCGGGCCAGGCCGCUGCCGCCCCCACGAGGCCUGCGCCGUCCGGGGCGGCGUGCGAGGCUGCUUCCCCGAGAGCCGCGCCAGCUGCUUUUUGGCAGGGCCGGCCCACGGCCUGACCUUUGACGGCCGUGCCCUCGGAGGCCUGGCUGGACGCUGUGGCUAUGUGCUCGCCCAGGCUUCCGGGCCUGGCCCCGAGCCCUUUGGCCUGCAGGUGGAGGAGGACGAGGCCGGUCCCCGACAAAUCCAUCUUCGCCUUUACGGGCAUCGGCUGCUCCUGGACCGUCGCGUCCCCGGCUUUAUCAGGGUGGAUGGAGAGCGCUGCCGGCUGCCCCUGGUCCUGUCUGGAGGGCGGCUGUGGGCCACCCGCGAGGGCCGAGUAGUGGCCGUCCAGGCGGCCUGCGGCCUGCGCCUCUUCUACGACUUCGCCCGACACCUGCGGCUGACCGUGCCGUCCACGUACUGGGGCCGCCUCUCCGGGCUCUGCGGGAACUUCAACGGGGACGGCGGCCUGGAUGACUUCGGCCCCGCGGGCUCUCUCGAGGGCUUUGCCACCAGCUGGGCCCUGCCUGGGCCCGGCCCCUGCUCUCCCCCCGGGCCCUGCCCGCCCUGUCCACGGGGGCUGGACGCUGCCUUCUCGGGGCCCUCGGCCUGCGGGCUGCUCAGGCUGCCAAGCGGGCCCUUCGGCCGCUGCCACGGCUUGGUUCGGCCCGAUCCCUUCUUUGGGUUCUGUCUCCAAGACAUGUGCCGGGGCCGCGGGGGCCGGCCGGGGCUGUGUGAUUCGCUGACCGCCUACAUGGAGGCCUGCCAGGAGGCCGGGGCCAUCGUGCGGCCCUGGAGGAGCCCCAGCCUGUGCCCCCUGAGGUGCCCACCCCGGAGUCACUACAGCACCUGUGCCCGGACAUGUGACCUUGGCUGUGUCCCUCUCCUGGCUCCUGCUCGCUGCUUACCCCAGUGCUUCGAGGGCUGUGAAUGUGACCCCGGCUUCGUGUACAAUGGGGCUGGCUGCGUAUCCCAGGAGCGAUGUGGCUGCUUCCACCGUGGUCGUUACAUUCUGGUGAGUGAGACGCUGCUCCUCCCAGGCUGCAGGGAACGCUGCGUCUGCCAAGCGGGGGGUCACCUAAGGUGCCAGCCGUUCCAGUGUCCCCAAGGCCUGGACUGCGUCCUGGACCGGGGGGUCCGCCGCUGCAGGGGGCCUCUGGGCAAGGGCAGUGCCACCUGUCGCCUGGUGCCCGGAGGCCUCUUUACCACCUUUGACGGCUUCCAAGGCAGAGUCCCUGUCCUUGCCUCCCCGGGCGCCUACGAGCUGACCAUCUUAACCGGGGCCAAGCCCCAGGAUCCUGCCUGGUUCCACGUGGUCACAGAAUACCUGCCCUGCUCAGCCUGUCCCGCCCCAGAGGCAUGGGUCACCACCCGCUUCCAGGACGGCUGUGUGGCUGUGGGGCCCAACAGGGAGGUCUGGGUGAACGGGCACAGGGCCCAGCUCCCAGCGAAGGUCUGUAAAGGGGUCAGGGUCCGCUGGGCUGGGCCAGGUAAGGUCCUAGUGGAGAGACCGCCCCUUCUCCGGGUGCUGGUGGGGCCAAAAGGUGCCGUGGCCCUGAGGGCUGCCCGAGCCCUGGGUGGGCAGCUGCAAGCCGCCUGUGGUGACUUCAACGGGGACCCCCGAGAUGACCUUCGCCUGAGGGGCGGGCUUCCUGCUACUAGCCUGGACGACGUCUUCCGGUCCUGUCAAGCUCAAACCUUCAGUCAAUGCAUGAAGAAGACGCCCCCUCCUGUCCACCACGAGGACUAUUUUUCCACUUGAUAACAAUGGAGCCGCUCGGGUCUGUGGUCAGCCCCACUCCCAGAGGCCGGGCACCUCUGACCAGGGUACUACUGUCUGCCUCUGCUGAAGUCAUCAAUAAAUGGGUUUUGGCAAAUUGAAGCA